UUCGAUAUCCUUUGGCGCUCUGUUCCUUCGCUUCUUGAAGGAGGGAGGAGGAAGGAGGGAGGGAGGAAAGGGAGGCACCGCUUCAUCACCAUGAGUCUCUUUGGCCUCGGCAGCAGAAAUCAGAAGACUUUUAGGCCUAAAAAGAGCGCUCCAUCUGGAAGUAAGGGUGCUCAACUACAAAGACAUAUCGACGCUACACUGGGAAGUGGAAAUUUGAGAGAAGCAGUGCGGCUUCCCCCUGGAGAAGACAUCAACGAGUGGCUGGCAGUGAACACCGUGGACUUUUUCAAUCAAGUGAACAUUCUAUACGGUACACUCACUGAAUUCUGCACGCCAUCUAACUGCCCGACAAUGUCCGCAGGCCCAAAAUACGAGUACAGGUGGGCCGAUGGAGUGACCAUUAAGAAACCCAUCGAGGUGUCGGCUCCUAAGUACGUCGAGUAUUUGAUGGACUGGAUUGAGGCUCAGCUUGACGAUGAAUCAGUUUUCCCACAAAAAUUAGGAGCUCCAUUUCCGAGCAAUUUCAAAGAAGUCGUCAAAACCAUUGUCAAGCGCUUGUUCCGUGUCUAUGCCCAUAUCUACCACUCGCAUUUUCAGAAGAUCGUGAGCUUGAAGGAGGAAGCUCAUCUAAAUACUUGCUUCAAGCAUUUCGUUCUCUUCACAUGGGAAUUUCGGUUGAUCAACAAAGAGGAGCUUGCGCCGCUUAAUGAACUCGUCGAAUCUAUUCUGCAGUUGUAGUGGUGGGGGGUUUUGUUUAUCCUUUUGUUUUCUUGUUUCCCUUUUCCCCCUUGUUUUUGGGUAUCUAGAUUGAGAUUUUUUGGCGAACUUCUUUUUGUCUUUUGGGAAUGAGAUAUCUUGAUUCAGUUCAUCACUUUGUCUUCAGUGUGUUUAUUUGGUGUAAAUUCUGUACAUCAAACAACAAAACUGUUGGGUCUCC